AAUAUUGACAGAUCGUACGCGCGAGGAACCCACACAGGAAGAGAUUCAGAGCUGCGUAGUAUCACGUGAAGUUUAUUAGAGUUAAACAUGUCGAUAUUUACGCCAACUAACCAGAUCAGAUUAACAAAUGUCGCCGUCGUGAGGAUGAAAAGAGGAGGGAAACGGUUUGAAAUAGCGUGUUAUAAAAACAAAGUGAUGAGCUGGAGAUCUGGCGCUGAUAAAGACAUUGAUGAAGUCCUGCAGACAAACACAGUGUUUGUAAAUGUGUCAAAGGGACAAGUGGCAAAGAAAGAUGACCUGUCAAAAGCCUUUGGCACAGAUGACUUAACAGAAAUAUGCAAACAGAUUUUAGCUAAAGGAGAACUACAGGUGUCAGACAAGGAGCGACAUAGCCAGUUGGAGCAGAUGUUUCGGGAUAUUGCCUCUAUCGUUGCUGAAAAAUGCGUAAAUCCUGAGACCAAACGUCCCUACACUGUGAGCCUCAUAGAGAGAGCAAUGAAGGACGUGCACUACUCUGUUAAAGCGAACAAGAGCACUAAACAGCAGGCACUGGACGUUAUCAGACUGCUGAAAGAAUCCAUUCAGAUUCAGAGAGCUCAUAUGCGCCUACGCUUGGUCUUGCCAGCCAAGGAUGGAAAGAGACUCAAAGAAAAGCUCAAACCAUUAAUAAAGGUGGUGGAGAGUGAAGAUUUUGAUGAAGAACUUGAAAUGGUGUGUUUGAUUGAUCCCGGCUGCUUUCGUGAGAUCGAUGAGUUCAUCCGCUGUGAGACUAAAGGAAAGGGAACGCUGGAAGUGCUCAGUCUCAAAGAUGUGGAGGAAGGAGAUGAGCGUCUAGAAUAACAUCCCAAUGUGGUCCUCUAACACAUCUGCUUGCCUGUUGAUUCAUUUAUAAUAUGAACUGUGUAUUUAAUUGAUGUCACUUUAUUACUUUACCCCUGUAAGCUAAACAACCACAAGUUUUAGUCCCCAAAUACUAAGGAACAGUCAGUCUUCAGGUCACUUACAUUUCACAAGCAGGUAAAAAAAACAGCUGAAGGUUGCAAUAAAGGAUUUUGUUUUAAAGUAAAUAAAAUUAUUCACAUGCUUAGGAUGAAAAGUCGAAUUAAAAGUUCAGCAUUGCUUAUUUUUAUAUUUAAUUGUUCAUUAUUCAGAUGGUCAGAUACCAUAUAAAACAUUUCCCUGUUUGAACUGUGUGCCAAAUAAAAAUAUCACUACUAAGACAA